AUGCUGCUCCUUGCUCUUUUUGCCCUCCAACUACUGUCAGUCAAGGCGGACGAUGUAUGCAAGCCGGUCACAUGGCUACCCGACGGCGCGAGCGAAGCGGCUCCGUCUAGCGACAACAGCACGACAACCAUCCCAAGGUACCCUGCCUUGGACUUGAUAACUACGGGAGAGCUCAAGCCUGGCGAGAUCCGCUGUCGUUACGCGACCGAGACCCGCAAAGAUGUCAACCGCUGGACGUGUGCAUGGCUGGCUGAGAGGUACCACAUCACGCUCGAUUUCUUCUUCACGCUCAACCCGUCCCUCGGCCGGGACUGCAGCAACAUACGCCCCGAAACGGCUUACUGUGUCAAGGGUUUCAUUGAGCCGCUCAGAUCGCCUGACGGUCGCUGUGGUCCGUUGCAUAACAACGCUACUUGCACGGGAACGACUCAUGGUCUGUGCUGCAACGUUGAUACGUGGACCUGUGGCAGCGAACCAGCCGACUGCGACGACGGAACUUGCUACGAGGGCGCAUGCUUGGGCGACAAGGUCUACAGUACCGAUGGCACAUGCGGCCUGGAACACGGUGGCCGCCAGUGCGCCGGGAGAUGGGGGGACUGCUGUCGCAGGGAUGGGCAAUGUGGAACGGGAGAAGAUUUCUGUGCUGCCGGCCGAUGCCAGUCUGGCAACUGUACACCCUAUCCAGCGCCGCCCCCGAUGGUCUGGGGGAACUCGACUGAUGGCAGCUGUGGAGGCCCGAACAGGUAUACUUGUGAUAACGUCCUGGGGCCUUGUUGUGGCAAGAACGGGAGGUGCGGAGUGGAGGAGGCUCACUGUGGCCCGGGAUGCCAGCCGGAAUUUGGUGAAUGUGACCCCCGGAGUCCUCCGACUUUUCUGAUGACUUACUUGUCGUCGACCCGGACUGUGACCUUGCCCUUAUUCUUCAGCACGAGCUCGACCUCGACCUCGCAAGCCACAAUAUCCCCAUCGACAGGACCAUCCUGUAGCUCAACAUCAAACCCGGCGACUUUAUCAACAGCUGAGCCCACUACGAGCUCAACUUCAGAAACCCUACCCAGCUUAAUGACGACAGAUCUGAAGUCUCUCCCCAGCUGUGGCUAGACUUAUCUCAGGAAUAUGGUGCCGUGCCGUCUAAUUUCUUUC